AUGAUGUCCAGGAGUCAGUCCAGCCUGGGCUUGGAUGUGGGCCACGAACCUCCAGCUACAGGCCAUUCGCCCUCUUUUAGCCAACCGAGCUCAUCUGGGCCGAUUAAUCUGUCCGGCCUAGUGUGCAAUGUACGUCGAACUACGGGCAAGGAGCCUCACCCUUUAGUUGGGGCGACUACGACUAUUCUGGGGGACAAACUAUAUGUCUUUGGAGGCCGGAUCCUCUCACGCACUGCCCCUAAACUGACUGCCGAUCUAUACGAACUGGACUUAAUCCGCCGCCACUGGACAAAGCUCGAGCCAACAGGUGACAUUCCACCACCGCGCUAUUUCCAUAGUGUUUGCCCCCUUGGCGAUAAUAAGCUGGUGGCAUAUGGUGGAAUGUCACCGGUACAUGGGUCACUCAUUGAACCCCCUAGUGCUGGGGCUGAGGCUCAAUCGGAGGUAGUGGUCAUGUCAGAUAUUCACAUAUUUGAUGUCCCUACACGCACGUGGACUCGAGUCUCGGCGCACGAAUCCCCGCAAGGCCGAUAUGCUCAUUGCGCCACGAUAUUGCCAUCUAGUGCUUGCUUCACCUCUGCUAGUGCUCCGCUAUCAGCUAUCCACCACAAUCCUGAGUCAACUGACCCUCAUCGUGGUUCGAUUGGCGUGGAUAUUGAUGGUUUUGGUGGUGCUGAAAUGGUGGUCGUUGGUGGUCAGGACAGUUCAAACCACUAUAUCGAGCAGAUUAGUGUAUUCAAUCUUCGGAGUCUUAAGUGGACCAACACCAGCCCCCUAGGACGCAGCUGUGGCGCAUACCGUAGUGUUGUUGCUCCCUUAAUAGGCAUGGAAGUUUCGGAUAUCGGCUCGUCUGUACCUGACCGAGAAGCCAAUAAACCUAUCGAAAAGUCUGAGUUACCGGGAUGUCCUAUGCUGAUAUACUCUAACUAUAACUUUCUGGAUGUCAAGCUGGAGCUCCAAGUACGCCUGCCGGACGGACGCCUUGUUGAGCGACCAAUGCAGAGCCAGGCUUCCCCGCCUGGACUACGAUUUCCCAAUGGUGGCAUUAUAAAUGGUCACUUUGUCGUGAGUGGUACUUAUUUAACUUCAUCAAAACAGGAGUACGCUCUUUGGGCUCUUGACCUGAAGACCUUGACAUGGGGGCGCAUUGACGCUGGUGGCUCGGUCUUUGGCCAAGGCAGCUGGAAUCGUGGUGUGCUCUGGCCACGCCGAAGCGCUUUUGUGAUACUGGGUCAUCGUAAGCGAAGCCUCGUGGACGAUUACAAUCACCGCCGAAUCAAUUUCUCGCAUAUCUGUUUAGUCGAGCUCGAAGCCUUUGGACUUUACGACAACCCAGCAAGAACGUCUUCAACAUCAGGAUACAAAUCCUAUAGCUCACCAUCGGUCCCUGCAUUCCUGCAACUGAAACUGGCUCAAUUGACAACCGGUGGACGUCCUUUAUCUAAAGUAUCUGAUGAGCUAGGCGAGAUAGCACUUUCAAUGAACGGAAUGGCCGACAUGGAACUGCAGGCUGUAGGUGGAGAGCGGAUAUCUGUGAACUCUCGCAUUCUGGCUCGACGAUGGGGACCAUUCUUCAUUCAGCUGCUGCGCGAAUCGACAGAUGAGGGCGCUGCAGAUGGAGCCACUCUUCGCUCGAACUCAAGCCAUCCGAGCCGCAACUCGAGCAUGACCAUUACUGCUCCACUUGGACAUAAUAUCAUCCAUUCUAACUCACCGACAUUGAUAAACGCCUCUAUCCCGUCAAAGGCCCUCUUGGAGAACUUGGAGGCGCCAUCCGCCCAUGGCCUUGCCCCGACCUCUCGACCACGAGUCCUCUAUCUCCCUCAUACGAUCCUCACACUUCAGGUGCUCAUGCAAUAUCUCUACACCUCGGCACUUCCCCCACUCGGCUCAUCUCUAUGUACGCCACAAAUCCUUUGUUCGCUCCUCCAACUUGCACGACCCUACCAGGUAGAUGGCCUACUAGAGGCGAUCGUGGAAAGGCUCCACCAGGUGCUUGAUGGGCGUAACGCAGCUGCAGUCUUCAACGCAGCAGCUAUGGCAGCAGGUGGUGGUCGCGGUACUGGAUUUACUGGUGGGCUAGGCGGUACACUCGAGGCGUUGAACGGCACAAAUGGCGGUCGAAAUGGCAAUGCACUGGGUAUCUCCGAAGCCACCACAUCCCAGCAAAGUGUACUAGCAUCCGACUCAUCUGACACCGAACAUGGUGGUAUUCCGCCCUCAGCCCUCAGCAGUGCUGACGACCUAACAAACUCUACGCGUGGCCUACCUUCUCUCCGAAUCGACACCAACAUAUCACAACGUGGCCGCCAAGCCAGUAGUAUCAGCCAUGAGCGCACAAACUCGGCCAGCGCUAAUAGCACUGCAACAUCCGUAUCCAGCGCCAGCCACGAUCAGUCUGACUCGGACUUCGUCAGCGACAGCGAUAGCCGCUCACAAGCGCAUCAUCAGCGCCGUGGUACCAAUGCAAGUCAGCCGGCUCAUGAGAUUUGGACUGGUGACUUGAGCAGCGUGAUCGGUCUUCAGAAACGCGGUCUCCGUGGACUGAUGGAGGGCCGUCGGCUACGUGAACGUAUUGUUAAGCCUUCGAGUGGUAGUGGGUCGAACUCUGCUGCACCGUCUGCAAUCAACUCUGAUCACCACCUUCCAACACAAGGGGUGGCUGGAUGA